UUCAGGUUCGCUUAUAAACCAAUGAGGAGACGAAGAAGACGCACUGACACAAGUCAUGUGACAGAGAAAGGAAGUAACUCAAAUAAUAGUUAAGAUAUUCAACAUGGAGCCCGUUGGAGUAUCCAUGGCACUCGGCCUCCUCUUCCUGGGUCUUCUGUACUGGUAUUCCGUAUACCCGUUUUCAGUCCUUGCUCGAUGUGGAAUCAAACAUCCAAGGACAGUUCCUUUUUUCGGAAACCUAUUCCUGUUUCGGGAGGGCUUUUUCCGUCCUUUGUCUGACCUUAUAAAAACAUAUGGAAGAGUUUGCGGAUACUAUUUGGGUAGGAGAGCAGUAGUAGUGGUGGCGGAUCCUGACAUUCUUAAACAAGUGAUGGUGAGAGAGUUCAGAGGUUUCCCGAACAGAGGGAAGAUUCGCUUUGCCGGCAAACCCAUGAGCGAUUGUCUGCUCAUGUUGAGGAACGAACAGUGGAAGAGAGUUCGCAGCAUCCUGACCCCGUCCUUCAGUGCUGCCAAAAUGAAAGAGAUGGUUCCUCUCAUCCAAACAGCCACGAGCGCCCUGAUCAACAACUUAGACGUCCAUGCGGGAUCAAAGGAGGCCUUUGACAUCCACAGGUGCUUCGGCUGCUUCACGAUGGACGUAAUCGGCAGCGUGGCGUUUGCGAUGCAGGUGGACUCCCAGAAGAACCCAGACGACCCGUUUGUCCGCCACGCUCAGAUGUUCUUCUCCUUUUCGUUCUUCAGGCCCAUCAUGAUGUUUUUUAUUGCUUUCCCGCACAUCAUGGCUCCGCUGGUGGGACUCAUCCCGAAUAAACGGCGCAACCAAAUGAAUCAUUUCUUCAUCAAGAGCAUUAAGGCGAUCAUCACACAGAGGCAGGCGCAACCUCCCGAGCAGAGACGUCGAGAUUUCCUUCAGCUGAUGUUGGACUCUUGGGAGCACUCCGACACAGCGAGUUCAUCCAAAAAGCUCAUGACUGAAGAUGAGAUUAUAGGGCAAGCUUUCGUCUUCCUGUUAGCGGGCUACGAAACCAGCAGCAACACGCUCGGCUUCACGUGCUACCUCCUCGCGCUCCAUUCGGAAUGUCAGCAGCGAGUCCAGGAAGAGGUGGAUGACUUCUUUCGCAGACAUGAGUCACCUGACUACAUGAACGUCCAGGAGCUGAAGUAUUUAGAUAUGGUCGUGAGUGAAGCAUUGCGCCUCUAUCCUCCUGCAUUCAGGUUUGCACGAGACAUUGAGGAGGACUGCGUUGUCAACGGCGUUUUCUUCCCGAAAGGAGCUUCAUUGGAGAUCCCCGCUGGUUUCCUUCACUCCGAUCCGGAGCACUGGCCCGAGCCUGAGAAAUUCAUCCCUGAGAGAUUCACUCCUGAGGCAAAAGCAAGUCGACAUCCAUUUGUGUAUCUGCCCUUUGGGGCCGGGCCACGCAACUGUGUGGGAAUGAGGCUCGCCCAGCUGGAGAUCAAGAUGGCUCUGGUUCGUCUUUUCCACCGCUUCACUCUCCUGAUGUGCUCCGAAACAAAGGUUCCGCUUGAGUUGAAGUCGGCGAGCACGCUCGGACCCAAAAAUGGCAUUUUUGUCAAGAUCGCAAGACGAGACAAGAGUGAAAUUUUGAGUCCAGUCGCUGAUUCCAACCGAGAAUAAUGAAGCACUCCUGGACAUCACGUUGAAACGUAAACAACUGUUGAAGUGUUUGAGGUGUCACUUAAACAAAAAAUAUGGACGUCAGGUGUUUCAACUGAAAUCACCCAUGUUCUACCGACGAUUUAUAAAGACCCAAAAGGCUAGAAACAAACCCUUUUUUGAGUCUAAAAUUUCUUUACGGUCCAAGUCAGUAAUACAUUUUGAAUGGUACCCGGAGAAAACCCACGUAUACACGGGGAGAACAUGCAAACUCCCCCAUGGAAUCGAACCCAGGUCUCCUAGCUGUGACGUCUACAUGCUAACCACUCCACCACUGUGCAGACCACUCCUAAAUAGUUCAAAUACAUGUAUUCCUCCCCCUUCUGUUAUAAUUUGCAUGCUAUCCUCAUUAAAAUAUGAAAUCCUAUAAAUGUUUGGGCGGUUUCAGUUAAAGCAGACACUGUUUUUUCAAUUUUGUUUUUGUUUUUUCAUAGAUGUAAACAACUCUUGAAGUGUUUGAGGUGUCACUUAAACAAAAAAAUAUGGACGUCAGGUGUUUCAACUGAAACCACCCAUGUUCUACUGACGAUUUAUAAAGACCCAAAAAGGCUAGAAACAAACUCUUUUUUUUUCUGAUGAAAAAAGAGAGUCUAAAAUUUCUAAAAUUUGAAUGUCGCUACGCAGCGGAAGGAGGCUACCAUUUUAUGGCGCACAUACGUACCCUUGCCAAAGGCGGUGCCGUGAACGCCACUCAUCCUCCAGUCAAAGUUCUGCUCACAGAUGGCUUCAACCAGGGUCUCAUUUGUCCCGUGGAACAAGUACUGCUCAUUGACGGGUUUUCCGCCAUUCCUCUUCUUCAUCUGCUCUUUCUGCCUGAGCGCCAAAAGAGAAUCAUCACUCAUCAGAUGUAGGAUCCCUUAUUCAUACAUAUAAUAUUUUUAUAUAGUUUAACCUUAUGAGCUCUCUAGACAAAUAUAACACCCCUAUAGUCACCUUUUCACUUCUAGUUUGGUGUGGAAUACAACGUAUCAGCACGUGUUUGGAUGCGAAACGAAACACCGCGAUAGUAUAGGCGGGGAGAACAUGCAAACUCCACCUGGCAUUGAACCCAAGUCCCCUAGCAGUGAGGUCUACAUGCUAACCACUCGAACACCGUGCAGCUCGUAAAUAGUUCAAAAACAUGUAUUACUUCCCCCCCCCCCCCCCCCCCCUUUCUGUCAUUGUUUGCAUGCUAUCCUCAUUAAAAUAUGAAACCCUAUAAAUGUUUGGGUGGUUUCAGUUAGAGCAGACACUGUUUUUUCACAACAUGCUAGGUUAAUUAGCCACUCCAAAUUGUCCAUAGGUAUGAAUGUGAGUGUGAAUGGUUGUUUGUCUAUAUGUGCCCUGUGAUUGGCUGGCCACCAGUCCAGGGUGGACCCCGCCUCUCGCCCGAAAAAGACAACUGGGAUAGGCUCCAGCACCCCCACGACCCUCGUGAAAUGAAUGAAUGAAUAAAUAAAACUGUAAAAAAAAAUAUUUGAAAGUGUAAAAAACAUGAAUAAAAUAAGUAUUAAAAAUGAAAAUAAAUUUUAAAAAAUGACAUUUAUUUAACAAAACGAAAAUGAACUAAAAAGACUUACAUAAAAGCAAAAUAUGUUAAGUGUAAAAAAUAAAAACACAUACACAUAUUACAAAUAAUAAUUACUUGAAAGGAUAAAAAAAUAAUACAAAUAAAAUUUACAAUUAUGACAAAAAAAUUAUAAAAAAAGUGCACAAUAAAAUAAAUACAUAUUUAGAGUGUAAAAAAAUUAAUACAUAUAAAUAACAACAGAAUUAAAUCAAUAUGUAAAAUUACUGAAAUAAAAGUGUAAACAAAAAACCCUGCAAAUCAGGAAGAAUAAUUUCUUAAAAGUCUAUGAAAUUAAACUAAAAUUGCCUAUUAUAAUGAAAUAUUUGGAAUUUUUUUUAUAUAUAUAUACAGUAAACCUCGGAUAUAUCGGACUCGGAUAUAUCAGAAAUUUGCUCACAACGGACAGAUAAAAAAGAACCGAUUUUUCUGUAAUGCAUUUCCAAUAAAAAUUCAUUGCAUAUAUCUGAUUUUUUAUAACGGAUUUAGCCAAUUUCGGACAAAAUCUCCAGUCUCGUUCCAAUGCAUUUCCAUUAAAUUUCCCUCGCAUAUAUCGGAUGGCCGCAUCGUGGAGCUCCGAUUCGCCGAAUCGUGACAAAUUACGAGAUAGAAAGUCGAAAAAACGAGAUAGAAAGUCAAAAUUACGAGAUAGAAAGUCGAAAAAACGAGAUAGAAAGUCAAAAUAACGAGAUAAAAGGUCAAAAUAACAAGAUAAAGUCAAAAUAACAAGAUAAAGUCAAAAUUACGAGAUAGAACGUAAAAAAACGAGAUAGAAAGUCGAAAUAACGAGAUAAAAAGUUGAAAUAACAAGAUAGUCAAAAUUACAAGCUAGAAAGUCGAAAUAACAAGAUAGAAAGUCAAAAUAACGAGAUAAAAAGUCGAAAUAACAAGAUAAAAAGUCAAAAUAACGAGGUACAAAGUCGAAAUAACGAGAUACAAAGUCGAAAUAACGAGAUACAAAGUCGAAAUAACGAGAUACAAAGUUAAAAUAACGAGAUACAAAGUCAAAAUAACGAGAUACAAA